CAUACUUUGUCUCUCUCCUCUCUUCAGUGUUCUCUGACUCUCUCGCUCCUCCGCUAGGGUUUUAUAGGGUUUUCUGUUUCUCCCAAAUCCAAAAGUUCCGAAACGCCAUGGAAAAGUUUCAGAGAGUCGAGAAGCCGAGGCCCGAAUUGCCCAUCAACGAGAACGAGAUCCGCAUCACCACCCAAGGCGCUAUCAGAAACUACAUCAGCUAUGCCACCACUCUGCUGCAGGAUAAGCGCGGAAAAGAAAUCGUCUUGAAGGCAAUGGGACAGGCAAUUAACAAGACAGUUGCAAUUGCUGAAAUUAUAAAGAAUAGAAUUCCCUUGUUGCAUCAAGAAACUGCCAUCAGCUCUGUAAGCAUAACUGAUGUGUUUGAACCGAUGGAAGAAGGUCUUCUCCCUGUGGAAACGACUCGUCAUGUCUCAAUGAUUUCAAUCACAUUAUCAACUAAGGAGCUAAACACAAAUUCUCCUGGGUAUCAAGCCCCAUAUGUUGCGGAUCAAUCAAAGCCACAGCCGAAGUACCAACAGCAGCAGCAACCAAAACAAACACGUGUUUCUUACAAUGCUGUUAAUGAAGGUGAUGAUUCAUAUGGCCGAGGACGGGGACGUGGUAGAGGAAGAGGCCGGAAUUGGGGCAGGGGUGGAGGAGGGUAUGGCAAUUAUCAAGGCGGAUAUGGAAAUCAUCAAGGUCGAUCUGGGAACUAUCAAGGUGGUUAUAGAAACUAUCAAGAUAAUGGUGGAUAUUCAAAUCGGGGACAAGGUGGUGGACGUGGUAGGGGUUGGGGUAACCGUGGUUCUGGUGGUGGGUAUGAAAGAGGUGCUGGUAGCUAUGAAAGAGGUUCUGGCGGUGGAUAUGAAAGAGGUUCUGGCGGUGGGUAUGAAAGAGGUUCUGGCAGUGGGUAUGAAAGAGGCGGUGCUGGCGGUUAUGAAAGAGGUGCUGGUGGUGGAUAUGAAAGAGGUGCUGGUGGUGGAUAUGAAAGAGGUUCUGGCGGUGGGUAUGAAAGAGGUUCUGGCGGUGGGUAUGAAAGAGGCGGUGCUGGCAGAGGUUAUGAAAGAGGUGGUGCUGGUGGAGGUUAUGAAAGAGGCGGUGCUGGUGGCUAUGAGAGAGGCGGUGCUGGUGGAUAUGAGAGAGGCGGUGCUGGUGGAUAUGAACGAGGUGGCAGAGGUGGAGGGGGCAGAGGGUACAACCGAGCAAGAGGACGGACGGGUGGGCACACAAGAGGUGAUGGAACUGGAAACCAAGUAUAAUCUAAAAUUGGUGAUAUUUUUUGCUUCAGCUACAAUGCAUAUGCCCUUUGGCCCGUGAGGGUGGGUUUUCAUGAGAGUACUGUUUCAAUGGCGUGAAAUGUGGCCUUUCGAUGUUUGGCGUUGUUUAAUCAGUUUCUAUUUUGAUGUUUCCUCCUGCAUUGCAUUAUAUUUUUGUGGGUAUGGGCAGCCUUGUUUUGGGUCUUGCAUUUAGCCGCCGGGUCAAAAAAGUGGUCGGUUCUAGUAUUGCUGUAAUUCUUUUGACAUUAUUGUAUCUAGUGCUUCCUUAAAAUAUAUCUUUAUUUCUUUAAAACUA